UACGGGAUAGAUUGAGGUUAGUUAAAGUUUGACAGUGACAGGUUUUUGUUUAGAUUUUCGAUGUUUUGUUGAUGUUGUUUAUUUUAUAAGCAAUCUCUAAAUGAUACCAAAAAGAUCUAGGGAUCAUGGAAGACGAAAUUCCCUACAAUGAACUUUAUAAAGUAGGUGACCAUCUGAUACUGAAGCUGUGCUGCAAUGACAUAUUUGAAGGGGACUUUUCUGCUGGAGGCAAGAACCGUAUUGACUUGAUAAACACAAAACAACACAACAAUCCCAAUAAACUUGGGGGCAUCCUGUCCUUCUACAGAAACGAAAUUGACAACAUACACCAGCUGAAAACUAAAAUGACAAUAAAACCAGAGGAGCCUAUUGAAAAUGAUAUCCAGGAUCUUAAGAAAAUCAAUAUGGUUGAGGAGGAGUAUGAGCGUCUUAAAGAGAUGGCUAGGAGCUAUGUAUAUCUAGAAAAUGCUGAUAACCGUUAUUAUGAGGCAGUCAAGUCCUUAGGAGAUGCUGAAUUGAUUGGAGUUGUGGCCCUUGGCAUGGAAGACAGCAGAACAGCAGUUAUCAAGCUACUGGUGAUUUGUAACUUCAAGCAAGUGUACAUUUUUGAUAUGACCAAUAUGAAAAAUAGGAGUUUCUACCAAGAGCUGAAGGAAAUUCUAGAAUCUGAAUAUACUUGCAAGGUUGUUCAUGGAGGUGGCCCCCUGAUAGACAUCCUUUACAGAAAUUACAAAGUUUAUAUGAAGUAUGUUUUUGACACACAGGUGGUUGAUUUGAUCAUUGAGAAAAACAAAAAACGCAAGAUGUUGUCUCAGAUGAGAGAUAUUUCUGAGUGUCUUGUGGAGUAUUUAAACUUUCCUUCCUCCCUACUGAAAAAUGCUCUUGAUGUUACAAUCAAACAGUGGGCUCACAGACCUCUGAGUGAUAGAAAGAAACUUUAUGCAUCACAGUUAGUGACAUACCUUAUUACUCUGAAAGAAGACAUGCAGAAGAUAUUAUUUAGUGAAAUGUAUAAGGCCAUUGAAAAUGUACAUGAUCACUAUUACUACAUGAACUGUUAUGAUUUUUCAAAGAAAAUGAGGGAUAAUAGUGUGAGUGAGGACAUUGAAAAACUUAUACCUAUGUUGAAUAAAAGUAGUUUAGAUACAGAAACUGAAAAUGUAGGUAGUGUAUCCAGUUCUGGAACUAAUGUGCAAAAGAUGUAAUGUUAAAUAUCUAAAAAUAUUUUUUUACAUAAAU